UGCACCAGAGUACCUCGAGCGGUGCUAGACAAGUGAACACAAGCCUAGAGAGAAUAUUUCUCUAAAGCACACGAGGCUUUAGCAAGAGUUGUUCACCGAACCUGGACGAUCGCCAAGUGAUUAGAUCCACGCUAAGCUCCAGAUCACGUGCACAUCAACGCGACAGCUUUGGAGCCUGCCUCAACACGAAGCUGUAAACUCUCGAUACCCACAGCUCCCCGCCGCCUCCAUCACUGCGACGCUCCUACAAUACCACCACCUUCCACAGCUCUACCUCCUCCGAUCUAUCAUCAUGACGUCAAUAGGCACGGGCUACGAUCUCUCCAAUUCCGUCUUCUCUCCCGAUGGCAGGAACUUCCAGGUCGAGUACGCAGUGAAGGCGGUAGAAAACGGCGGCACAGCAAUCGGCAUAAGAUGCAAGGACGGCGUCGUUCUCGCCUUGGAGAAGAUUAUUAGCAGCAAGCUGCUCAAGGCCGGUGCCAACAAGCGGAUAUCUACUGUCGACCGAAAUAUAGGUGUUGUCUCCUCAGGCCUUCUCCCUGAUGGCCGUCACUUCGCCUCCCGCGCCCGCGACGAAGCAGCCCAAUGGCGACGCACCUACAAGGCCCCAAUUCCAACCUCCGCCCUCGCAAACCACAUGGGCAGCUACGUGCAGAUGUACACCCUCUACUCUAGCGUACGGCCGUUCGGAAUCACAGCAAUCGUCGGUGGUUGGGACCCCGAGAUAGAAUUACCGGUGGAUGGCCAGGUAGGAUCUGGACCUGCGACUGGUAGUGGAGGCAAGAAGGAGGGCGCGAAGCAUGGCGGUCCGUUCCUGUACAUGAUAGAGCCAAGUGGGCUCUACUGGGGAUACUACGGCGCGGCCACAGGCAAAGGACGACAAUCUGCCAAGUCUGAGCUUGAGAAGCUCGAUCUCGCUGCAGGCAACCUUACGCUGGAGGAGGGUGUUAAGGAGGCAGCACGCAUCAUCUACGCUGCACACGAGGAUAGCAAGGACAAGGACUUCGAGCUGGAGAUGACGUGGGUCAGCUCUCUAGACGGCCCAACGAAGGGACGACAUCAGGAGGUGCCGAAGGAGUUACUAGAGGAGGCGGAGCGGCUGGCGAAGAAGGCUCUGGAGGGUGAUGACGACGAUGAUGAUGAGAAGAUGGAGGACUAGUUGGUCUUGUACGAUAUCGACUAAGGUUUGGGGCAUAGCAUUAGACAUACCGAACUGCGAGCAUUGCAAUUGGACGAUUCUCCAUGCUCCCAUUUCUUCAGAUCAAACGACAAUUAGG